AUGCAGUGGUUGAAACGUGGGUUAUUACAGGCGAGGCAGUACGCGACGCGGUCCGCGAAGCACGACCUGGUCGUGAUAGGGGCGGGGCCUGCAGGGUACGUUGCUGCGAUCAAGGCUGCGCAGCUCGGGUACAACACGGCGUGUAUUGACAAGAGGGGUCCAGCGGGGGGCACGUGUCUCAAUGUCGGGUGUAUCCCCUCGAAGUCGCUGCUGAACAACUCGCAGUUGUACCACCAGAUGGUCGGUGGGGACGCUGCGACGCGUGGGAUUGUUGUCACGAAGGGGGCUGUUAAGCUUGACUUCGGGAAGUUCAUGGCCGCGAAGGAGAAAGUGGUCAAGCAAUUGACCGGCGGGGUCGAGAUGCUGUUCAAGAAGAACGGGGUCACUUACUACAAGGGUGAGGGGUCGUUUGAGUCGCCCACGCAGAUCCGUGUCAAACCCGUCGAGGGGGUCAAGGGAGCCGUCGAGGAGGAGCUGCUUCUCGACACGGAGAAAGUGCUCAUUGCUACUGGGUCAGAGGUGACACCUUUCCCCGGGAUCACCAUCGAUGAACAACGGAUUGUCUCCUCGACAGGGGUGCUCUCGUUGCAAGAGGUCCCCAAGAGACUCACAAUUAUCGGUGCGGGGAUUAUCGGACUCGAGAUGGGGUCCGUGUACAACAGACUCGGGUCCGAGGUCACCGUUUUGGAGUACCAGCCAAGUAUCGGUGCGUCCAUGGACGACGAGGUCGCCUCCACCACGCAGAAACUGCUCAAGAAACAGGGGAUCAAGUUCAAGCUGGCCACGAAGGUCCUGUCUGCCGCUAGGGACGGAGAAGUCGUCAACAUCGAAGUCGAGGAUACAGCCUCGGGGAAAAAGGAAUCCCUGCAGGCGGAUGUUCUUCUCGUUGCUGUGGGUAGGAGACCAUACGUGCAGGGGCUUAACGCGGAGAAGAUCGGCCUCGAGGUCGACACAAAGGGCCGCCUCGUCAUCGACGACCAGUUCAACACGAAACACGAGAACGUCAAAGUCGUCGGAGACGUCACUUUCGGACCCAUGCUCGCACACAAGGCCGAAGAAGAGGGGAUCGCCGCCGUGGAACUGUUCAAGACUGGGCAGGGACACGUCAACUACAACAACAUCCCCUCUGUGAUGUACUCGCACCCAGAGGUCGCGUGGGUGGGCAAGACGGAGAAACAACUCAAGGAGGACGGUAUCAGCUACAAAGUAGGGAAGUUCCCCUUCGUCGCCAACUCCAGAGCUAAAUGUAACCAGGACACGGAGGGGUUCGUCAAGAUCCUUAUCGAUGCGGACACGGAGAGAAUCCUGGGCGCCCAUAUCAUUGGGCCCAACGCCGGUGAAAUGAUCGCGGAGGCCGGGCUCGCACUAGAGUACGGUGCGUCCGCAGAGGACGUCUCAAGAGUCUGCCACGCACACCCAACUUUGUCCGAAGCGUUCAAAGAGGCAAACAUGGCCGCGUACUCGAAACCAAUCAACUUCUAA